GGCACAUUCGUGGAUCCGCAAUAUUGCAUGUUGGAUUUGUUGGUGUUCGAAAAAAUGGCAUCGUUUCCGGUGAUGAUAAUGGCUUGGCAUUUUAUCAUAAUCUAUAUAAGGUCGUGAUGGUCAAUGCCACAGAGACUACCCGUAUACUGGGCCGAUAUCCUUCUCCGGGUCCAGAAAUUUCCUCAAAAUUAAAGAGGCCCAGCACGGUUUUUGGUUUAUCUCCGUUGCCACUGGGUCAAUUAUCCCACGGUUCGGAGAGUUUUGGUCUGGUUGCCAUGUUAACACCCUAUAAGAUGAUCAUAGUGAGUACAAAGCCUACGUCUCUGCAGCCGUACAAGUUUUCAAAACCAAAGAAUGUAGCAUCCGAUCCUAUUGCGCAAUCAAAGUCAAUUUCCGGGUGUUUAGCGUGGUACCCUGCAGAUAAAUUUCAGCAUGAUCCAGAUUCACCAGUAGUUCACACAGAUCCACUUCUCGCAUUUUCGUGGG